UGUAUUUCAAUAGAUGCAGCUUUUCUCUACAUUUUACAGGAUGGUGCGUUUUUGUUUCACAAAACAGAAAGGAAUCUGUGUGAGACUCAUCAGAAAGCUUUCAUCACACCUUAACUGCUGCGGCUGGUGGCAGUCUGAAACAACAAGACUUAGACGUUAUUAUGGAAAUAAGUUCUUCCGACACUGGUCAUGAUCUGCCCAUCCCCAGUCAGACCACAGAGAGUUGUAAGGGAAAUGCUUUGGUUUUGAUUUCUGCUUAAUUCAAUAUAUUCCAGAAACAGUGGUUAAAACAUGAUUAGGAUUAGGACUGGUGCUAAAAACGUAAGACAUUUUCAGAGGGCUGUAUUACCUCACAGUUCUUAAUCUGCAGCUGUGAAGGGAUCAUUUGAUGUCUUCAGCUGGAGUUUGCUUGCGUUGAGGUUGAGCAGUGAAUAAGGACAGCAGGACUUCAUCCUGGAGGCACUUGCAUCUUUGUUUCCAGCAGACUUUUUGCAGACUGAUAUUGGUGCUGCAAAUAAAAUGUAGUCAAAUGGUGAUAUCUUGUUUCCAGUUGUACAUUUUUGCUGGUAGUGAGACAGCAACACAAGUCUGGAACUGCUCAUUUAAGAGUAAAGAAAAAUACUGUUCUAUAAGAUUCAUUGUGUUCAGUGCUGAACUCAGUGCUGAAACAGACAAGGUGCAGGUUAAAUAAGUGAACUAAAACAGCAGAGUAUAAGUGAUUCGUAACUAAUUUUCAUUGCUUGUAGUGAGUACAGACAAUCUUGUCAUCUUCCUAUCACAAUGGAAACACUAUACAAGGGAAAUGAAGCGCAGCAAUGUAUAUUUUUAAUGACAAACUGAUCUCUUGAAUAAACCUCAGAAAUUCCUGAGGGAACGCAACUACAGUUCUUGUUAUAACUGUGGUCAUGAUUCUGAUCUCAGACAAAUCAGUAUGAGAUUCUCCUCAGACGUUGCUGUGAGCUGAAUCAAAGACAUUUUUGCUAACCAUUUUGAAGGAACCAGGAUGUGAAAAGAUCAUUUGUAUUUUUCCCCAUUGCCGUAGCUGGAAGCAUUUAUUUUAUGUCUGGUGUGGAAUAUUCCAAGCUUUACCCUUCUCUGCUGCAGCUGAGCCCAUAGUUCAUACCUGUCCAGACAGCUCAGCUGAAAUAAUUAUUGUGAGAAAUAAUAAUGUAUGUAUAGCUAUGAGCUCUUUCACUGGGCCCUACCAGUUAAAUAAUAGUCAUGUUUUUUGGCAAAAAGGCUCAGAUUUGACUGAUAUUUCCAUAUCUGAUACCAGUAAAAUUUUACCUUAGGUUGAAAUAGAAUGUUUCUUAAAAUGGCAUUAUUUGUUUUAUGGUUCUGAUAUUAAAAGAGCUAGCUGAAUUUAAUCAAGAUGAAGAGCAGAUGUUUCCAACUUUAGUGAGUAAAAAAUAUCCUUAGUGAUUUAAAAAUAAACUGAAAUUGUAACGGAGAAAAAGGAAAUUUGGUCACUCUAGAAAGGGUUACACCUGAAAUUGAUACAAAUGAACCAAGAAGUUGCACUUGUUUAAUAUUAAACAGAGGUAAAGUGGGACAAAACCAAAAGCUGGCAGCACCAUCAUAGGAAAAUACACAGCAUAGACCCUGGAAGACUGUUGUAAAUAUUGCCCCAAAAGUUUCGACUUUAAGGGUCUGACUUGAGGACUGGGAAUCCAAUGGAGAGAGUCCCACUGACUUCAGUAAGCACACGUACCUGCAUUGUGUUGUUAAAGAAGGAGCAGAAAAAGAACAAAUUAUGACAGCAACAUCUAAAGGAAUUUUCCGGCCAUUUUUGAUUGUCUUCAUUGUCCUUGGUUGUUUCAUGGCAUUUAUACUAAUUUAUAUUAAACCAACAAGCAGCUGGAUCUCUAGUCCUGUGGAAUCAGCCAGCUCGGUUUUGAAAAUGAAGAACUUCUUUUCUUCCAAAACCGAUAAUUUUAAUGAAACUGUUAUUUUGGUUUGGCUUUGGCCAUUUGGUCAGACAUUCGACCUAACAUCCUGCCAAACAAUGUUCAACAUCCAUGGGUGCCAUCUGACUAUUGACCGCUCACUAUAUAACAAGUCCCACGCAGUUCUCAUUCAUCACAGGGACAUUAACUGGGAUCUGACUAAUUUACCUCAGCAAGCCAGGCCACCAUUCCAGAAAUGGAUUUGGAUGAACUUGGAAUCUCCAACUCAUACUCCACAAAAGAGUGGCAUUGAACACCUCUUCAACCUAACCCUGACUUACCGGCGUGAUUCAGAUAUUCAGGUGCCUUAUGGCUCCAUGAUGGUCGGUACAGGUUCCUUUACAUAUGAAGUGCCAAGUAAAGAAAACUUGGUUUGUUGGGUUGUAAGUAACUGGAACCCUGAGCAUGCACGAGUCAAGUAUUACAAUGAGCUUAGCAAAUACAUUGAAAUCCAUACCUACGGACAAGCCUUUGGAGACUAUGUCAAUGAUAAAAACUUAAUUCCAACUAUCUCCAGUUGCAAAUUUUACCUUUCAUUUGAAAAUUCAAUCCACAAAGAUUACAUUACUGAGAAACUUUACAAUGCUCUUCUGGCUGGAUCUGUACCAGUUGUACUGGGCCCUUCCAGAGAAAACUACGAGAAUUACAUUCCAGCAGACUCUUUUAUCCAUGUGGAAGAUUUUCUAUCCCCAAGAGAGCUGGCAGAAUAUCUUCUGAUGCUUGACAAAAAUAACAAGAUGUACCUUAGUUACUUCAACUGGAAGAAGGAUUUCUCAGUGCAUCUUCCUAAAUUCUGGGAAUCACAUGCAUGUCUUGCUUGUGAUCAUGUGAAAAGACACCAGGAAUACAAGUCAAUUGGAAAUUUAGAAAAAUGGUUUUGGAAUUAAUUUGUGUAUAUGCACUUUUUGGAAGAAGCCAAAUGGAUCUUUAGUCUAAGUGGAGAGUAAAGGAAUAAGGAAAAAGAAGGAAGGAUGAACCUUACAGAAUCUUACACCAAGGUUUAUCAGCCAUCCUCUCUUGGCUAUCCUAUUUAUAUUUUGUAAGAGAUUUUAAAAAUUAUGAGCAGCAGUCAUCAAUACUCAGUUUUAAAUUAUAAUAUACAUACUAAUUAUGUGCACUGAAGGAAAUAUGAUUGUUUACUAUAAUUUUUAAACAAGAUUUUUCACAUUUUCUGUGGAGUAUGUCUCAGUCUUACACAUAAAGUUGACAUUUUAAACAAUUUUUUUCUUGUUUUUUUUUUUAAACAUUUUAUUGACUGUUUAAUCUAUUUGCAAAAUGAGAACACAACUCCUAAAUGCCAUAGAGAAUUUUAAAAGCAUAAUUUGCUCUGCUGGUCUGAAAUGUGUGUAAUAUUUAAUUAAAAAAAAAAAAAAAAAAAAACAAAGAAGAAACAGUACAG